GUUUGACUCUUACGGCUAACGUUUGCCGGUUAGGCUCCCUCUGCGUACUUUCAACUAAUCCUGUUCUAAAUCCUGUGUCUUACGGUUCGCACCUGUGGAUUAUUUUAUAAAGUUUGAGUUUUUUUCUGUGAUAUAAACUCCAAACUUUUGUCCAAUCACGUGCCCUUGUGUUUACGUUUGACCGGUCUCGCCCGCCAUUGUUCUCGUCCUCGGAACAGAAAAUGUAUGCUUACCCUGUUUUUCGUCGCCAUCUGGCAACAUCAUCCCGGCUCCUUCUGGCACCAACAGCAGAGGCAAAGCGCCUUGAAAAUGUGGCUGAGGGUGAGGUGCUGACAGAGGCCCGUACGUUUGUCAGCACAAAUGGAGGUGACCCCAGUGACCAGUUUUUAGUGUUGGCUCACUGCAAACUCCAGUUUGGAAAAUACAGCGGCCAACGAUUUAGAUGGCUCCUGGAAAACUCUCUGGGCUAUGCUGUUUAUUUAAGGAUUAGCAUCUCCAGUGAGGCAGCACUGAUGUCACCUUUGUCUGAAAGCAAACGGCUGUUCCUUCGGUACACUUCUCAAAUCAGAGAGAUGAGAGAAGAAUGUGAGAAGUACCAGAGGAAGCAGGAAAUGAAAGCAGAAGCCUGUGAAACUGGAGACCAGGGCAGCUUGAUGGUUGAGUUUGGGGACUUCCAGGGCUGGUCCAUGAAGGAGGUUUAUGAGGACAAGAGCAAAGAGGCCCGAGACCUUAUAGAGUACUUGGUUAAAGCAGAUGUCUGGCCCAACAGCAAUAUGGCAAUGUUCAAGACAUAUGUCAUUAGAAGACGGGCAUCAUCUCGUGCCACUUCCCCUCCAGCUGCAUCUUCUCAUGCCACUGUCUCCAGUGCAACCCCAUCCUCCCCAUCAACUCCAUCCUCCACUACCACUACCCGUUCAUCCACCCAGAUCCAAACUGGUGUCCAGGAGACUGCUGAUGUGAAGGCGCCAUUAGAUCUUAGCAAAAAUAUCCCUACUUCACAGCAAAAUCCUUUACUUUCUCCUCCCAGAGGAGGAGAACCCCCAGCCAAACAUUUGGCCCAAAGGCAGCUUUUUACUCCUGGUAAGAGGGCUACAUUUUACUUAUUUCUUUGUGUAUUGAUUCCACUAAUAAGGUUAUCAUUUGUCCUAGACACUUCCAUUCCUCCUUCUGAGGAGGCUGAUGAUAAGGAGCUGGUAUUUGCUGCUGCACAAUGUGAAAGGCAGCUAAGUGCAGAUCCAGCUGAUCUGGCUGAUUCACAGCUUCCAUCUCCAAGGGUCAAGAUGGAUCAGGCACCGUCAACACCUGGGACAAAUUUCAAAUUUAUUCUCCCUGCAAAAAAGGCAGAACAGCCUCAAAUUUUGGAACCAGCUCAACGGCCUGCUUCUGCUGUCACUAGGGAGCGCCCCAUCGCACCUACCACAGGGAUCAUGCUGCCUGUUCUUGCACCUGUGCCAUUGUCAGGGACAAUUAUCCUAAGCCCAGUUAUGCCUGCGCCUACUAUUACAUUUUCUGGUGCCACAACAUUUAGCGCAGGCUUCAUUCCACCUGCUACUAAACCACCUCCGACCACGGCCCCUGUGUCACGCUACACACAGAGAAACAGGCGAAGACGGGCCUUGGAGGAAAAACGCGGCAUCCGCAAACGGAAAUACAUACGAGCAGUUAAUUAUAACACGUGCAGCAAAUGUGGACAGCCCAAAACAAAAGAGUAUGGCCAUAGCCGAUACAGAAAUGCCACCUUUUGCUUAAAGGCUUCAAAUGGACAAUCUUUGGAGGAGUGGUUGGCAGAACAGCGCCAGCGUGAUGAAGGCGGAUCUCCUCCUCCUCUUCAAUAAGUACUGCAGUCAGUACCAUUAUAAUGUAUCCAUAAAUCAUGUAAAUAUAUAUAUUUUUUGUAUAUAGUUAUAUUUUUAAACAUUUUUUUGUCAGUUGUGUGUGGUUCAUUUAAGGAUUUUUUCCUUUUAAUAAAAUUUUAUUUUGCAUUUGAA